UACAGAAUGAAGUACUGAUGAGUUUGUUAAAUACUGAUCCUGAUGUCGUGGAUUACCUUCUCAGGAGAAGGACCUCCCAUUACUCUGGCCCAGGUCUCCUCAGAGCCGAGGAGUCCUUCUCCAUGACUGAGCGAUGUUUGUCCAGUGACUCCAUAAAAGCAUCAAGCGGGGACAUUUCUCCCUAUGACAACAACUCCCCUGACCUGUCAGGAGGACUGCUGUGGAAAUACACAGAGGACAGCAGUGUGCUCACAGACCAUGUUCCUGAGCAGAACAAACUCAGUGGCUGUUCUAAAGACAGAUCUGGCAGCACAUCUCCCAGCACUUUCACUGACAAAGGUGAUCUUUGAGCUGCAUGAUAAAUCCUGGAUGUAAAUGACUGCCUUCUCCCGUGCUCCCAUGUAGACGUGCCAGCUUGCCAGUUGUAUGGAUUAUGUGUGGGGCUGAGCAGUCGCCAAGUGAACCUCCUCCACCUGAUGUACUGUGAGACUCAUCGCUUGUUCAACACAGCCAGGGGAGUUCCUUAACUUUAUGAUUCAUGCAUCAACUUUCUGGGUCAUAUCUGUUUUCAUUUCUGCGGCAGCCAAAGUACACUUGGCCACCACACAGUGGACCGAGGAGAAAGAUACCACGAUAUAUCUGUUAGUGUUCUACAUAAAAUCCACGGCUCUCGACAAGAUUUGAUUAGACUUUUUUUAUUUGCAUCACAAAUUGACCCGUUCAGGCAGAAAAAGAACCGACCUAGAGAUCCUUUUUUAUUAUUAUUAUUAUUUGUAAGCUGCUGCUACUGAGAGCACACAAUCAGACCUCUAAUAAAAGUACAUUUCAACUUGUUUUCUUUGUAGCACUGAUGGAUGCACAAUGUUUCCCUGGCAUAGACCAGUGUCUGUUCCCACAGGGGGGUCCAUACUGUCUGAGUCCACUCACUGGCAUCAGGAGCAGCUGCAAGGGAGGACGGAUGAAGGUCAGAGCCGAAAUGAGUCUGGAUGUCGGCAAACAAGCCUUGGCUCUGCGGUUUCAAGGUUAAGACUGGCACACGAAUAUCCACCGAGCCAAAGUAGAGCAGAGAGAAAUAGCUGUUCAGCUUCCCUGGAUUUCGCAGACAGUUUUUCUUUGUUUUGCCUGAAGAUGGAAACACUGGAGUCGGAGCUGACCUGCCCAAUUUGUCUAGAGCUAUUUGAAGACCCGCUGCUCUUGCCCUGUGCCCACAGCCUUUGUUUCAACUGUGCACAUCGUAUCCUGGUCUCCCACUGCACCCCCAGUGAACCAGUUCAAUCCAUCAACGCCUUUCAGUGCCCAACCUGCCGCUAUGUCAUCACACUAAACCAGAGGGGCCUGGAGGGACUUAAACGCAACGUGACUUUACAGAACAUCAUCGACCGUUACCAGAAGGUCUCCCUCAGUGGACCGAAUUCUCCCAGCGAAACUCGGCGUGAGCGCGCGGCUCCCGACAGCAAAGCCAUGACAUCUCCCGGCAUCCGGGUCCAGUGUCAGUUCUGCGAGCAGGACCCGCCGCUGGAUGCUGUAAAGACUUGCGUCACCUGUGAGGUGUCGUACUGCGACGAGUGUCUGAAGGCCACCCACCCCAACAAGAAGCCCUUCACCAGCCACCGUCUCAUUGAGCCCUUGCUUGACUCCCAUCUGCGAGGGCUUAUGUGUCUGGAGCACGAGGAUGAGAAGGUCAACAUGUACUGUGUGACAGAUGAGCAGUUAAUCUGUGCGCUGUGUAAGCUGGUUGGCCGACACCGAGACCACCAAGUGGCAGCCCUCGGAGACCGUUAUGACAAACUCAAGCAAGCCUUGGACUCCAACCUCAGCAAUCUAAUCAAGAGGACCAGUGAGUUGGAAAGCCUGAUGGGCAAACUUAUCCAAACCUGCCAGAAUGUGGAGGUCAAUGCAUCACGACAAGAAAACAAGCUGCUGGAGGAGUGUGAACUGCUGAUUAAUAUCGUACAACAGCGGAGACAAGUCAUAGCCACGAAGAUAAAGGAAGGAAAGUCUGUGCGAAUGAGGAAAUUAGCCCAGCAGAUAGCCAGCUGCAAGCAGUGCAUCGAGAGGUCCUCGUCUCUCAUCACUCAGGCUGACCAGACCCUGAAGGAGACGGACCACACUCGCUUUCUGCAGACUGCUAAAAACACCUGUGAGAGAGUGUCAAUGGCCACGGCCUCCUCCCAGAUCUUGAUCCCAGAAAUUAACCUGAAUGACACGUUUGAUAGUUUUGUUUUGGAUUUCACCAGAGAGAAGAAAAUGCUGGAAGGCCUGGAUUACCUCACUGCACCUAAUCCACCGGCAAUCCGUGAGGAACUGUGCACGGCUUCGUACGACACCAUCACGGUUCACUGGACGACAGAUGACGAGUUCUCCGUCAUCACAUAUGAACUUCAGUAUGCCAUCUUCACCAGUCAUUCUAAUGUCGUCAGUUUAUGUAACUCUGCUGACAGUUGGAUGAUUGUGCCAAACAUCAAGCAGAACCACUACACUGUGCAUGGACUCCAGUGUGGCACAAAGUACAUCUUCAUAGUGAAAGCAAUAAACCAGGCUGGCAACCGCAGCAGUGAACCAGGGAAACUCAAGACAAACAGUCAGCCAUUCAAAUUGGACUCAAAGUCUGCUCACCGCAAGCUGAGGAUAUCCCACGAUAACCUGACGGUUGAGAGAGAUGAGAGUCUGUCUAAGAAGAGUCACAGUCAGGAUCGCUUCUCCAGCCACAGCAGCUACGGUGUCACAGGAAACGUCUACAUCGACAGUGGACGCCAUUACUGGGAGGUCCUGAUAGGAGGAAGCACAUGGUUUGCAGUGGGGAUCACGUACAAGUCUGCACCAAAACACGAGUGGAUUGGAAAGAACUCAGCCUCCUGGGUAAUCUCUCGUUGCAACAACUCCUGGGUGGUACGACAUAACAGCAAGGAGAUGACUGUUGAGCCUUCACCCCACCUGCGGCGUCUUGGAGUUUUGUUGGACUACGACUCCGGAUCCCUGUCUUUCUACGACGCUGUCAGCUCUCAGCACCUGUAUACAUUUGACAUUGCCUUUGCUCAGCCGAUCUGCCCUGUGUUUAAUGUGUGGAAUCGAUGUUUGACAAUCCUCACUGGACUGCCCAUCCCUGACCACUUGGAGGGGACAGAGUUUAAUAACUAAAAAAAAUGUCAGCACUGUUGGAUUUACUUUGUUUACCCCAAACUACUUGCACUUCACUGACUGUCGUAACCACAUUUUUUGAUAUGUUGGCUCGGCAGCCCAAUGACAUGCAUUUACCUUGUGGACAUAAUGUGUAUGUCGAAUUUAGUGGGAUAAUCUAAGGAAUUUUUACCAAGUUUUUUAAAAAAUGUUUUUCUUUUUUGCACAUUAAUGUCUGAAUGGAUUUAAGGGAAUGGUUCAAUUUUUUAAACAUAGGAACAAAUUGUACAAUUAUUUCCAGAUAUUCUUUUCUUCAAGUUCAUCUUUUUGUUCAUGUUUUAAUGGCUGUAUUGUUAAGAAUUAUGAUAAUUUCUUAAGCACAAGUGACUAGCAGAGUCACAAGUUGUAUUUUUAAAAAAAAUGCUAUUUUUUCCUUUUAAACAUUGUGUAACAGCACUUUGAAGAGACGAAGAUGUCAGGUUAAAAUGUAUUUCUGAACCGUUUGUACAAUAAAAAGGAUGUUGUCUUGAAAGGUUUUUGGUUAGAAAAAUGCAUCUGAGGUUUCUCUUUGACAAGGUUUUAAUAAAAAAAAUUAAUUUGAUUGCACAUUUUAGCUAUUUUACUGUUUUUUUUUCCAUUAUUCAAAAAUUGUAUCCUCACCUAAAUUUAAAAAAAUAUAUAUUUUAAAGUAAACAAGGGAUGGAAAAGAAAAGAAAAAUAAACAUGACCCCAGAGAGAAUUCCCUGUGACCCAGACUCCCAGCCAAAACAAAACUCAUCUACAUAAUCAUAAAAGAGCGCAUGGUUGCAUAUUUUAGGCAAAUUAAUGCAAUUAUUUUUGUUGUUUUUUUAAAGACUUUUUCAUAUAACUAUUAGUUAAGUAUGUUACGUCUGGCUUUGCACAAGAUCGAAUCUGACAUGUCUUUUUGUGCUGGAGUAAUGUGGCUUGAAAUCUGCAGGGAAUCUUUCAGUUAAAGUAGGUCCCUGAACUGUGUUUGACCUCGCCACAGGACUCCCCACAGACAAGGAUGUGAUGCUAACCCCCCUCCACCACCUGGUGUCAUCCUAUUAUGGCAUCCAGAUUUUUUUUUUGUUUUUUUUUUUUUUACUGAAAGCUGCUUCUGCAAAUUAAUUUAAUCCAUUUAUGUAGUUCCAGUCCUGAAUAUGCAAGCUGAAGCUGCAAAGAAGAGGGACCGAAUAAAAACAACACAAAAUUAAA